AUGGAGGUGUCGUCGGUACAUGGCGUCGGUGUCCAACAUGUCCUCUGCGGCCCUUCACCCAUUUCUUCUGUCUCUAUUCUCUCUGCGACUCCAUGGAGGAGCACAAGAGCUAAGAACUCUCAUCUCUGUUGUGCCACAACUCUUGUCAAAGAACGCCACACUGAGACUCCCAACAAUGGCAGCGGAAUCUCAAAGCGGCACUCCAAGCAAUACUUGGCUAGACAGUCUGCUAUUCUUGAGGUCCAAGAGUCCUCUGACUUGGAUUCGGCUCUUACAAGAUUAGGUGGGAGUUUGAAGGUCCAAGACUUGAAUGCCAUAAUACGCCAUUUUGGGAUACUGAAAAGAUGGCACGAUCUUUCUCAGCUCUUUGAAUGGAUGCAACAGAAUGGAAAAAUUAGUGCAUCAUCCUAUAGCAGCUAUAUAAAAUUCAUGGGAAAGAGCCUCAAUCCUGUAAAGGCACUAGAAAUAUACAAUAAUAUUCAAGAUGCAUCAAUCAAAAAGAAUGUUCACAUAUGCAAUUCUGUUCUUGGUAGUCUGAUCAGGAGUGGCAAAUUUGAUGGAAGCUUUAAGUUAUUUCACCAGAUGAAGCAGGAUGGUUUAACACCAGAUGCUGUCACGUACAGUACGACAGAGUUGAUGGUGCUGAAUCUUAAUCAAGGAGGAAAUUCAAUGAUAAAAUAG